CAAAUCUAUACGUUUGUUCAUCCGUCAAUUGAUUCCGAUCGACUUUUGUGUUGUCUAAUCGCAAUUCGAUUCGUUUUGUGUUUCUGCUGUUAUUGUGAAUUGUGAUGCGGAUACGCAUUCAUUGAUUGAUUGAGGAGACGAUGACUCGGCGUUGCUCGCAUUGCAAUAACAAUGGCCACAACACGCGCACUUGUUCGACGCGCAGCGGCAGAGGCGGUGGAGGCGUUAGGGUGUUUGGGGUUAGGUUAAUCGACGGAUCGUUUAUUAAGAAGAGUGCGAGCAUGGGGAACUUAUUUCAGUUUCCGGCAACUGCUGAUUCCACAGCGGAGUACCAUUCUGAUGAUCCAAAUCAUCGUUGCAGAGGAUUUACCAGAAAGAAAGGAAUUCCAUGGACAGAGGAAGAACACAGGAACUUCUUAUUAGGCCUACAAAAUCUAGGCAAAGGAGACUGGCGAGGAAUAUCCAACAUAUACGUACCUUCAAGAACUCCGUCUCAGGUAGCCAGCCAUGCUCAAAAGUACUUCAUCCGACAAAACAGCGUGAAUCGCAAGAAGAAACGCUCCAGCCUCUUCGACAUGGUGCCAAACAUGGAUGCAAAUGCGAAACCACCAAUCCCACAACAAUCCUACGACACCAAAAAAUUUAUACCUUCAUUGAAUCUUUCUCUGCAACCGGCUAUCACGCCGGUGCCAUUUCAGCUACUACCACAAGAUGCAUGCGCUCUCAAUUCCGACAAUUCUAAACCCGGUUCGUCAUCUCAUUGUCAACGGAUUCUCAGGCCGGAUGAACUGGCCGGAAUGUCCCAUCUGAAUCUACGCGACACAAGUGAUGUCCAUAUCGAGCUUCCUGUGCUCUCUCUUGGACUUCCCGGCCAUCAACGGUAA